GGGGGAAGCUGGGAAGAGCUGGUGCCCAGGCAGGCUGGUGGGCUGCUGGCUGGAGCCAAGCUGGGUCUAGGGACUGCUAGGCAGUCAGGAAUGCUUUUCCCUGGGCUCCCUGCUGUCACUCCUCUGGAACAUUCCCCUUGGAGAACUUGCAGAUGAAAAGAGAAUUCAAAGCCCUCUCGGCCAACCCGAUACUCUCAGAUCCGAUUUCCAUCCUGAUCCAAAUUGUUAGAAACCCCAAACACUAACUGCAAAACCAACCAUGUGUCCCGUUUAACGAGAUGAUCGGAACGGCCUCCCAGUGGUUGCUGGAAUGGAGAACUCUCUGACAGGCUGCACUAUGCCUGAGCACUUCCACACAGUCACUCCUCUGCUGGAGAGCUGGGCGCUUUCCCAGGUGGCAGGCACGACUGUCUUCCUCAAGUGUGAGAAUGUGCAGCCGUCUGGCUCCUUCAAGAUCCGAGGCAUUGGGCAUUUCUGCCAGGAGGUGGCCAAGAAGGGAUGCAGACACCUGGUGUGCUCCUCAGGGGGCAAUGCAGGCAUUGCGGCUGCUUAUGCUGCUCGGAAGCUGGGCAUCCCUGCCACCAUUGUGCUCCCUGAGGGCACCUCCCUGCAGGUGGUGAGGAGGCUGCAGGGGGAGGGAGCUGAGGUGCAGCUGACUGGAAAGGUCUGGGAUGAGGCCAGUCUGAAGGCGCAAGAGUUGGCCAAGAGGGAUAGUUGGGUGAACGUCCCUCCGUUUGACCACCCCCUGAUCUGGGAAGGCCAUGCCAGCCUGGUGCGAGAGCUGAAGGCAGCACUGGGAAGCCCACCAGGGGCCCUGGUGCUGGCAGUAGGGGGUGGAGGGCUCCUGGCUGGGGUGUCAGCUGGCCUGAUAGAAGUGGGCUGGCAGCAUGUGCCCAUCAUCGCUGUGGAGACCCAAGGGGCCCACUGUUUCAAUGCAGCCAUCAAGGCAGGCAGGCUAGUCACACUGCCAGAGAUCACCAGCGUGGCCAAGAGCCUGGGUGCUAAGACCGUGGCCACGAGGGCCCUGGCGUGCACGCAGGAGCUAGACAUCUCCGAGGUGGUGGAGGACGGCCAGGCUGUGAGUGCUGUGCAGCAGUUCCUAGAUGAUGAGCGCAUGUUGGUGGAGCCUGCCUGCGGGGCCCCUCUGGCUGUCAUCUACUCAGGCCACCUGGGGAGGCUCCAGGCCGAGGGCCACCUGCGCCCAUCCCUGGCCUCGGUCGUGGUCAUUGUGUGUGGAGGCAACAACAUCGAUAGCGGAGCGUUGCAGGCUCUGAAAGCCCAGGUGGGUCAGAGCUGACGGUUCCUCCUCCGGGAUGCACACCCCCAUAGCAGGCUGAGGGGCCUCUCUGCUCAUGGACGGCCAUGGAAGCUGCUCCAUGCUUCCGUGCCAGCUCCCUCCUGCAGGAAGCCCUCCUGAAAUGCUUCCCUUGGCUCCCCUGCAGACCUAGUCAAUAAACACUCCGAGAUGAA